ACAUUAUUCACCAAUCCAUCUCCAUCACACUUCUUCUCUCUCUGUCCCCUCCAUUAUUGGUCAUCUCAAAACCUCCAACCCUUAAACCCUAAAAAUUAAACCGCACUAAUUUUUUUAACAUCAUGGGAAGUUUUCAACUAGGGUUCUUGUUGGUUUCAUCACUCGUGAUUGUUACUUUUCUUGCACCGCAAGUCAAAUGUAGGGCUUUCUUCGUCUUCGGCGACUCUCUGGUCGACAACGGAAACAACAAUUACCUCGCCACCACGGCUCGUGCCGACAAUUACCCUUACGGUAUCGAUCUUCCGAACCACAGAGCCACCGGACGUUUCUCUAAUGGCCUCAACAUUCCCGACAUUAUCAGUGAGCAACUGGGUAUGCCAUCGACAUUGCCGUACCUCAGCCCGGGGCUGACCGGAGAAAGGCUUCUCGUCGGAGCUAACUUCGCCUCCGCCGGCAUCGGAAUCCUCAACGACACCGGAGUCCAAUUUGUGAACAUAAUAAGAAUAGGGAAACAGUUGGAGUACUUCGAGCAGUACCAAAGGAGAGUGAGUGCAAUGAUCGGGCCGGCUCAAACACAAAAGCUCGUGAACGAAGCUCUCGUCCUCAUGACUCUCGGCGGCAACGAUUUCGUCAACAACUACUACUUGGUCCCUUACUCUGCCCGCUCCCGUCAAUACGCUCUCCCCGACUACGUCGUUUAUAUCGUCUCCGAAUACAGGAAGAUUCUCACGAGGGUAUAUGAGUUGGGAGCGAGGCGUGUUCUAGUGACCGGAACCGGGCCAAUGGGGUGCGUACCAGCCGAGCUGGCUCUCCACAGCCGCAACGGCGAGUGCGGAGUCGAACUCAUGCGAGCAGCCGCACUAUUCAACCCUCAGCUGGUUGACAUGAUCAAUCAGCUCAACUCCGAGAUUGGAUCCGACGUUUUCAUCGCAGCAAAUGCCAACGAGAUGCAUUUGGAUUUCGUCACGAACCCACAACAGUUCGGGUUUGUGACAUCAAAAGUGGCAUGUUGCGGGCAAGGGCCGUACAAUGGAAUAGGGCUAUGCACACCGCUCUCGAACUUGUGUCCGAACAGAGAUCUGUACGCAUUCUGGGACCCGUUCCAUCCCUCCGAGAAGGCCAAUCGGAUCAUCGUCCAGCAAAUGCUCACUGGCUCCUCCAAAUACAUGCACCCCAUGAACCUCAGCACCGCCCUUCUCCUGGAUUCUUCUUCCUCAACCUAAAAAACAUUUAAACCCUACCCUUGCUCAAUCAAUUAGUUUUUUUAUUAAAAAAAAUAGUUCGAUUUUCUAUCCAUUUCAGAACUUUGCGUGUCGCAUCCAUCAUUGAUGUUUGUAAUGUUUCCCGUUUGGCUUUCGUUAGUUUUUAUUCAGUGUCUUUUGCUCUUCACUUGUUCAUGUGCAUGUCAUGCAUGAUGGCAUUGUUGCAUGGGAAUAUGUUCUAAAUGAUUUUUUAUUUUCAGUA